CGCUUCGGCUGCACAUGCGGUGUGCUAAGUGUCGUUUAAAAACAUCGUUUCUGUAUUUGGACUGUGACAGGAAUGUCGACAGAGUAGCCAAUAACCAUACAAAUGCUGGAUUUUUCGCUUCUAGUACUUAACGAAAGUAUGCGCAUUGAACUGCUGUUUAUGUCUUUUCAUAUUUUCCUCGAUUAAAUUAUGGUAUGAAGUUUAUAAGGGGAUAAUGAAUGUGUCCUGAUGAAGUAGUCGCCCAGCUUUUUAAUGCGCACAAAGCGAUGGUGUGACAUGAUCUUCGGUAGAAAAUGACAAGGGGAUUGAUCGACAGAGAAAAUGGCUCCACACGCGGAGGAUUGCGAAGAGGUGGAGCGAUUAAACGGGGAGAAAUAUCAGCCAGUGCCAGUACAUCAGGGGAGAAGGAUACUGCCAGACGACAAUGCACCCGCACAGGCGUGGAUCGAGAACGAAGAUUCCCCACAGGGCCUCGAUAGCAGGACCAACAGUCCUGGUGAAAGCCGGCGUCUGCUUGGAAAUAAGCCCCUCCACAAAUCCACGACAAGACUUCAGGCAGGAUUAACUUUGGGAGUGUGGAAACAAUCAAAAUGCUCCUUGAGCGCUAAGAGCGUGAAGAUAAAGCCCAGAGUCAAGAGCAAAUUCGAGAAACGGAAGGAAAAGAUAGUAGAGGCGCUCCGGCCGCCUUAUUUCAUCAUCAGCAUGAUCAUUUUUAUAGUAUUGCUGCAUCUCUGCGGGCCAGAAGAAUGGCGAUCGCAUCUGGAGUGGUCUCCCGGUCCCUGGUGGCGGGAGCCGUGGAAGUUAAUCACCUAUGGCUGUGUACAUGCUAGUACGAGACACCUGGCACUCAACGCGCUUGUUGCCUUAGCUGUGGGCUGGCGUUUGGAACGCGAGCAGGGCUGGGUGCGGGUGGCGCUGGUGUGGGCGGGCGGCGUGGCGGCCGGCGCGCUCGGCGCGGGCGCGCUGCAGCCGCGCGUGCACGUCGUGGGCGCCUCCGCCGCCGUGUACGCGCUCUUGACCGCACACCUACCUAACGUGUGCCUCAGAUUCGGCCACAUUCCGCUGUGGUGGUUCCGGCCUCUAAGCGUGGUGGUGCUGGGAGCCUCAGAAGUUUGCUGGGCCUUUAUCCGUGUAUCGGAAGGCAGCGCCAGUUCCAACCAAGUGGCGUGGGCCGCGCAUGCUCUGGGCGCUGCAGUUGGUGUUCCUCUUGGCUUCCUCGUAUUCAAUGGUGAGAACAGCACGAGGAAAAAUAUGCUAUGGUGUAGAAUUGUAUCGAGCUUCAUCAUGGCUGUUGGCGUGUUGGCCGCUGUUUGCCACUUCCUCUUCUGGUCCGACGUAGACCACUACACCUGAGGAAGACUUGCCUCCAGCCUCGCGACACGGAGGUCAUACAGAGUCUGACAGUUUCGAAUUACGAAAUGUAAUUUAUUUUAGGUAUUAUUCGAAAUAUGACUGGCUAUCGUUUUAUGUAUGAUGUACUGAAGUACAAAAUUAAUUGAAACUAUUAGUCGAAGGUUUGGGUUGGAAGUUUGUGCCAUAUACACAAUGUACUUUGAUAUAAAAAGUAGCAAUUACGGUAAUAUUAGUAUCCAAAAAUCGGAUGUACAAAACAAUGUGUUCAAAAACGUUUAUACAUUGUUGAAAAAUUGUUAACAUUUGGCCGAUAUUAAUAUAACGCACAAGGGUCUUCCUCUAAUGUUGUUGUAUGAUAAUUUAGAUAGGUAUCUAUCCAGUACUUAAGCCUAACGUGUACGUUUACUUCCAUCUCUGAGAGAGAUGAAAUGUGUGAUAUUGUUGUUAUAAAACGUAUGUCGUAGACCAAAUCGUUGAAAUUGUUUUUAACUUACCUCUCUAUAGAUAUGCUCUGUUAAUUACUGACCAUGUCAACGCCUUGAUGACGUUUGAUUUAUUUCGAGGCUUGGUCUACAACAUUUGUUUCUUUACCAAUAGGUAAAUUAUUGAAACGAUUCGAUGACAGCGUUUGUCAGUUGUACAGUAUGUAGGUAAGCUUAACGUAGGUAUUUUACAUGUUGUCGGUACUUUUUUUUACCAUUUUUUAAACUGUUCGAUAUGUGAUUGUUGUAGUUAAAUGUUAUGAACAUAACCGUGUGACGUUAUUCAAUUAUAUUUUUUAACAAUGCAAUGAUUUCAAUGAGAUCUCGCGAUUUGUUUUGUAUCAAAACGCUUUAGGAAUUGACGUUUGGUGGGAUGAGUUGGGGAAUCGUGUGUUUAUACUUGUGUUUGUGAGUUAUUGUAACCAAAGAGAUUAUUAAUCUAGUCCUAUGUCUUAUGUUGUUGAUGAAUAAAUCUUUUUUAGAAUAAAGUUCACUGGUCUUGCUUAUGAGAGGGGAGAUCUCAAUAUUCGAAACGGGACCAAUUGACACCAGUUUCCUAUCAAACACGUCAUGUUAUGAAAAAAAUCGUCAUGUCCGAAUCCACGGAAUUAUCGAGUAUCAAAACCAAUAAAAAACUAACAGUCGAAUUAAGAACGUCCUCCGUUUUUGGGAAUGUCG